AAGAAGAAAAAUAGAGCAAAAUCAGAAACAAAAGGGCAAAAAAGAAAAAAAAAAUUAUAUAUAUAAUUUUAAUUAUUAUUAUGUAUAUGUGUGAGCAUAUCUGCAUGACACCAAAUCAAAAAAAAGAAGCACAGUAACCUCACUUGUUCAAAAUCUGGCGUUUAAAACAAAGGAAACUGUAGUAGAGAAAGAGGAAUCUAAAUGCCUCAUGGGUUCUGUUUGUAAAUUGAAGAACUAAUAGAAGAAGAAGAAGAAGAAGAAGAAAAAGAAAGACAAGUGUGUUUAUUUACAAAAAAGAUGGCCGCUUCUUCUUCAUCCGUGCCUUUCUUUGGAGUUAGAGAUGAAGAUCAUCAAAACCAGAUGAAACAACAGCAUUCCUCAACACCAACUUCAUCUUCAGCUCUGGCGCCGCCGCCCCAGAAGAAAAAGCGAAACCAACCUGGAACACCAAAUCCAGACGCAGAGGUGAUAGCACUAUCUCCCAAGACACUAAUGGCAACAAACAGGUUCAUAUGUGAGGUAUGCAACAAAGGGUUCCAGAGGGAGCAAAACCUACAGCUCCACAGAAGAGGACACAACCUACCUUGGAAGCUAAAGCAGAAAACUACAAAAGAAGUGAAGAGGAAAGUGUAUUUAUGCCCUGAACCCACAUGCGUCCACCAUGACCCUUCUAGGGCUCUUGGUGACCUUACUGGUAUCAAGAAACACUAUUCAAGAAAACAUGGUGAGAAAAAAUGGAAGUGUGAGAAAUGUUCAAAGAGAUAUGCUGUGCAAUCUGAUUGGAAAGCCCAUUCUAAGACUUGUGGCACCAGAGAAUAUAGAUGUGACUGUGGCACUCUUUUUUCAAGGCGCGACAGUUUUAUCACUCAUAGGGCUUUUUGUGAUGCACUGGCUCAAGAAAGUGCAAGAAAUCCUCCUUCAAAUUUGAACAGUAUAGGAAGCCAUUUAUAUGGCGGUAGCAACAUGAGCUUAGGCUUAUCUCAAGUGGGUACUCAAAUUUCAAUGCAAGAUCAAUCGAGUGACAUUCUAAGACUUGGUGGAGGUGCUCGAACCGGACAAUUUGAUCAUCUUCUUCCUCCAAUAGGAUCAUCUUCGUUUCGACCUCCUCAGCAUAUGUCAUCAUCAGCUUACUUCAUGCCAGAAUCUAACCAGAGUUAUCAUGAUGAACAACAACAACAACAUCACCACCAAUCUCAACAAGGAUUAUUGCAAAAUAAGCCAUUCCAUCACGGACUAAUGCAAUUCGCCGAUCUGCAUAAUACUACAACCACCAAUCCUCCUCCUCCUGGUCCGCCCUCCGCUUCCAAUAUGUUUAACCUAAGCUUUCUCUCCAGUAACAGCACUACAAGCAACAUUACUAGUAGCAACACUGUCAAUAACUCAAACAAUCUACAAUCUCCAGGAUUGCUAAUAAAUGGUGGUAGUGGAAAUGGCAAUGAAGGGUCAACUAUAUUCUCAAACAACAUAAUGAGCGACCAUCAUCAUCAAAUUAGCUCAGGCGUCUCUUCUCUCUUUAGCUCUUCCGUUCAAAACGACAAUAUAGUCCCUCACAUGUCAGCUACAGCAUUGCUUCAAAAAGCAGCUCAAAUAGGUUCGACUUCAAGUUCUAACAGUGCUUCAUUGCUAAGAACAUUUGGUAGUAGCUCUUCUUCAAGAUCGGAUAGGCAACCGCUGGUUGGAGCUAAUUUCGGUGGGAUUUUCAGUGAAAAUGAAAACAAUCUUCAUGACCUAAUGAACUCAUUCACAGCAGGUAAUCCUUCCAUUUUCGGUUCUGGGCAUGGACAAGAAAACCCUUAUAACAACAUAGAGGAAGCCAAAUUGCAGCAUGGUUUAAACGUGAGCAUUGGUGGAUCUGACAGAUUAACCAGGGACUUUCUUGGCGUUGGACAAAUAGUAAGAAGCAUGAGUGGAGGGUUUUCUCAAAGAGAAAAACAGCCACCACAACAACAAUCAAUAGAUAUGAGUUCUUCUUUGGAUUCAGACAGAAACAUUACUGCGCCGGCGCCGACAAGUCAAUCUUUUGGAGGAAAUGGGAAUUUUCAGUGACGAGAAAGAACAGAAAGAAAAGGGGCAAUAAAAGAAAAAAGAUGAUGAAUAGAUAAUGAGAGAGAAGAAAGAAAAAGUACUACUGGGUUUGUGAAAGGCAUUGAAAAUAGCUAAGAGACACAUGAAGCAUUGACUCAGAAAUCCGAAAUGUGCCGUGUUAAAUAUGAGAGAGCUGAAUUUUGUUGAAGCUGUAUCUUAUCUUCUUGCUUCUUCCCUUCAAGUGUACCUAGGAGUUUGAUCAAUCAUAUUUUGGAUAGUGACUUUAGCUGCAACAUUUUUCUUGUCUGCUGCUUUUGAAUUAAUGUUACUUUCCUUUUUUUCUUUUACUUGUUAAUUAGUUACAGUAAUAUAGAAAAUUUUCAGGAGCUUU